ACGGCUCAGAUUCUCUCCUUGCUUUCUGGCUCUCUUUAUCUUCUCAACAUCUCCCCGCUCACUCCUCCCCUCCUCCUCCUCUCUCUCUCUCUCUCCAUCAAAACCUCUCUUCCUAUAUCGUAAAGUUUAAUAGUGGAAGAUAAGAGAGAAAGAGAGAAGAUGUUGUUGGGAAAGAGACAACGUCCUCCAAUUAAGAGAACUACAAGCAUGACUGAGUUCAGUUUGGAUCUCAGCAGCAACUGUGAGGCUCAGCCAUCUGAUCCUCACGACCCGUCCAAGAAAGGUAUAGAUCAACGGUUCUUAGCGGCUGCCGGCGUCUCCCCUAGAAUCCAUCGCCGUAAUUCGGCCGAUCAUAUCGAAACUGCUCAUUUCUUGAGGGCGUGUUUCCUUUGCAAGCGCCGCUUGGUCCCCGGUCGUGACAUCUACAUGUACAGAGGUGAUAGCGCUUUUUGCAGUCUAGAGUGUCGGCAACAACAGAUGAAUCAAGACGAGAGAAAAGACAAGUGCUCGAUGGCAUCCAAGAUAGAAUCUGCAGCCACCACCGCCGGAGCCGAAGUCUCCGCUAAAGGCGAGACAGUCGCCGCCGUGUAGAUUACAACGCUGAAAUCAACAUGUACCCACCUUUAUGUAUUUAUGUGGGGUUUCAGCUAUAUAUAUGUGUGUGCUUGUAUGCUGAUUAUGGGCAAGUUUUGAAGGUAUUAUUCAUGGGGAUCCAACCAAACUCUUCCUGAAGUCGAUCUGUAACACUUCUUCCUGCUAUUUUCUUUGAUGUUUGUGUUCUAUAUAUAUGAGGUAGUUAGAAGUGGAAGAAAAUUUGCAAAUUUACAAGAUCGGUUUCCGUUCAAAUGAGAAAAUCAAUGGGUGGUGGUAAUAGUUUCUGAGUGGAAUGGUUAUGAUUUCUAUGAGAUUCCCAUCGUCAUCUUCUGAUACCUCUUGUCCCAUGGUUGAUGCAUGACAGCAUAUGACACCAACUAAAAUAAGGCUGGCUGGCAAUAAAUAACACAG